AUGGCUGGAAAACGGAAGAGGGACUCGGCAGUUGUGUCGAGGUCCACCACUGCAGAAGACGAAGAAACGAACACUACGCCUCCCAUCGAUACCAAUGCUCAUGACGUGUUCCGCAAGUUUUUCGAAGCACAAUUCCAGCCUUUAGAUCUGCCCGGGGAUCAGACCAAGCAUGACGAGGAUGAAAGCGAAGAGGGAACUGACGAGGAAGACUCCGAGGGGUCUGAAAGUGGAUCGGAAUGGGGAGGUGUCUCCGAAGAGGAGGAUGGAAAUAAUAAAGUCGAGAUAGUCGAGCAUCAAGCGCCGUCCAGGAAAAAAGGGGAUCUACUUGACAAGAAAGCUCGCAAGGCUUUCAUGACCGCGAAACCUCCAUCUCUUGCUUCGAUUUCGACAGCGCAAAAGCCCACGCCGAAAAAGGCCGAGAAGAGCGAGGAAGACAAGGCCAACGAUGCCGACGACCUGAAGAACGACCUUGCGCUGCAACGUCUUCUCAAGGAAUCCCACCUUCUGGAGUCCGCAUCGGAGCUUGCGCCCACAGGCAAAAAUCGACUCAAGGCUCUUGACUUGAGAAUGCAAACCUUGGGGGCCAAGGAGUCGCUUUACAAGCAGAACAUGCCUUCCUCUCACCGGAGAGGUAUUAAAGCCAAAGCUGAAUACAGAGAAGAAAAGCGACGGAAAGAAGCAAAGGAGAACGGAAUCAUUCUGGAAAAGCCCGCACCAAAGAAACCGAGCGCCGGGCACCGGGAACGAGGAGUUGGUGGACCGUCCGUUGGAAAAUUUGCAGGCGGCACUUUGAACUUGAGCAAGCACGACAUAUCGGCCAUUCAAGCAUCUGGCCGGUCGUCCAGAGGCAGCGGGAGGGGGAGGGGGAGGGGAAGGGGCAGAGGCCGUCGUUGAGAUGGCAGUUUUCCGAUGUCGGUAGCCACAACGCAGGACGAUCAGUCUCCCGGCCAUGGCAGGCAAGAAAUGACCAGCCUGCCCGUCCACCUCUGACAGAGCAUUAUUGUUUCAGGAUCCCUUGUUUGGGAAUACGACGUGCUGCCGCAUGCGCGAGGAUGGUAGGAGCGUCGGCAAUCGACAGUCAAUCCCGCCACUUCCUACCUCUUCCCCGCCGUCGCUCAUCCUGCAUGCUUAACCCUUGUUGGCGAAGAUGCGCAUGACCAGUGGAAUUAGGGCAUGUUCGAGGCCGCCGUCAUUUCUUGGGGUUGCAUCCACGAUGAGACUUGGCUGGGUUGCAAAGCCUGCAACACGGCUCUGGCAGUAAAUCGACAAACCCAUCAACAAGGACGGGUUCACUCUGAGACUUCUAGGCUGGACCUUAGGAACUCUAAUUCUCAAAUCCAUGGGGCAAUGAUUCUCAAAGCACGCACCAAGUUGUUCCCAGUGCACGAGGGCCAAGUUAUGCGCCGUCGUUCCAGAUAUGGCGAAAUCUCCGGUUGAGGCUAAGAUUCGACGAUGACGCGCUAAAUCCGAGACAUUCCUUCCCUAUCAGGUCCAAGGAGGGGGGGUUUCUCGCCUUUGGAAUUUGGAUUUUGAUACAGCGACGCGGAAUGCGCUGUCGUCUCAGAUCUCAUCAGGAUCCUGAACUCCUUGGACAAUCGCUGCUAUAGUUAGAUAUGGACAUGUAAUCGAGAUAGAAACUCGUCUAUGUAUAGAACAAAUGCUGGAUCUGAAACUUCAAUAAGCUUUCACUUUGCUCGUGUCCUCAGAUGUAUUCCGAGUAUACCGACGACGGAGAAUUUCAUGAUCGCCAGGAGGUCCCGUUCUCUUCUUCCUUUCAUGACUUUUCUCCCACAAUAUUUCUGUUGUUUUUUUGGGGGCUUGCGCUCCCCAUCCCGGCCAUGUAAAUCAUAUCGUUAGUCUCGCAAU